AUGUCGGAACCAAUUCUAGCUGGUCAUAGAGGUUUUAAGGCUAAAUGCCCUGAGAACACAAUUCUUUCGUAUGACGCCGCUGCAGAUAGUGGUUGUGAUGUUGUGGAGACAGACUUGCAUAUUUCUACUGAUAAUAUUAUUGUCAUCUCCCACGAUUCAGAAACAGAGCGUGUUUUUGGUAAAUCUUACAAUGUCACCCAGGAAUCAUAUAAGGAUACCCUUUCUAAGUUGCGUACAUUGAGAGAGCCUCACCUUCCAAUGCCUACAUUGAAUGAACUCUUAAAGUGGUGCCGGGAAAAAUCUGAGAAGACUGGAAGGAAUAUUCAACUUAUGUUGGAUAUCAAAAAAGAUUGCGAUCCUAAGCUGUUAUUAAAACUUUUACUGCAAGAUUUAGAGGAAGCUGGCCCAAACAUCGAAUAUUGGCAUAAUAAAUUAAUCUUUGGAAUGUGGGAUUCAAGAUAUUACUGUAAAGAAAUGGAUCCUUUUCGGAUUAUAAACAUUACGUUUGACAUUGAUGUUGCGGAAAAAGUGGUUGCUGAAAUUAAGGAGAGGGGCGGGAGAGUUUCGGCUGUUUCAAUUUUUUACCUCAUAUUAUACAAUCCUUCAUUAUCCAGGAAAUUGUUCGAUUUCUGUGUCAAAAAUGACAUCAAAAUUUGGUUUUGGACGAUUAAUCUUAAAAAAGAAGCGAUCGACGCUGUUAAUUUCUGUGCUCUUCCAUCCGGAGAAAGCAUCUUGGCAGGUUUGAUCACGGAUGAUCCAAUUGAGGCAUCUGCCAAAAGGCCAGAAAAUUUGGGCAUUAUGUAUAACGCAAAUUUAUUCGUGAAAAGGCAUCUUUAUGUUGGUUUCCUCUACUUACUGCAUAACAAUUAUAAUGUGGUUCCCAUCUUUACACUUUUGAAGACCCUUGGACUUUUAUAA